AUGACUGAAAUAAUCAAAGGGAGAAAAUAUAUGCAAAGAAAAUUUAUAACUCUUAUGGAGAAAACUGCAAUUUUAGAUCGAUUAAAGAAUGGAGAGAAAGUGUUUUCUGUUGCGAAAUCGUUAAAUUUGAAUGAAUCUACAUUUUUAUGCUUUAUGGUUGAAAAAAAUCUUAGUUUCAGAGUUUUGUUAAUCCUUGACAACGCCAGUAGUCAUAGUGCAGAGAUAAAUCACCCAAAUGGGAAAGGUCUUUAUUUUCCUCCCAACUGCACUUUAUUAAUACAACCCUUGGACCAAGGAAUCAUCCAAACUUUCAAAAUGUAUUACAUACGAAUUUUUUUUGAAGUUAUUUUCAGCAGAUUAGAAGAUCAAGAAUGGAAAACUCUACUUGAAGUUUGGAAAGAAUUUUCUAUUUUAGACUGCACUCGAAUUGUUUCAUUAGCUUGUACAGAAAUUAAACAAUCAACACUUAAUGCAUGUUGGAGGCCUUUGUUACCUCAAAUUGUUAAAAAAGAAGAUAAUAUCUCAGAGACAGUAAAAGAAAUAACACGGAUUGUUUCUAGUUUUGGCAAGGAAGGAUUUGCAGAUAUACAAGUGCAAGAUUUAGAACAACUACUUCAAGAACGAAGUUUAAAUGAAGAAGAAUUAGCAGAGUUAAUUGAUGAGUCUACAUCUGAAACAUUUGUGAAAGAAGACACUAAUGACAAAUCUGCUUUAAACUUCACUUAUGAUUUAAAAAAAGGGCUCGAUUUGGCUAAAGAAUUAGAAUUCCAGUUGACCCAAAAUGAUCCUUCAACAAUACGCAGUAAAAAAUUUAAAAGAGAAUUUCAAAAUUGCUUAGCUCCAUACAAAGAGGUUUUGAAAGAACUACAAAAUAAAACUACUUUUGAAAACCAAGGAGAAAAUUUUCAAAGUGAAGAGGAUUAUCAACUAAUUAGAGGAAAGAAAAGAAGACGGAUUGGACAUCUAAUAUUUGACAGCGAUGACGAAUAA